AUGGCGUUUUUUCUGGGAGUGUUGGUGACUGUUAAAAACGAAAAUGUAGUGAUAACUUAUGAUAAAUACAUCAAUGAUGACAAUAAAAAGCUUAAAAGUGUUCUCAAACUUGUAGAUAGUAAAAUUGGCUCCGGGCGUGAUGGGCUUGCGGUGUCUGUCGCCGUGGUGAAGGGGUGGUUGGAGGGGUAUGAGAGGGAGGUGGAAAAUAAAAUUAGAGACGUUAAUGAUAAUAUUACUCAGAUUAAUAUUGCAUUUGAAUCGUAUAAAAACUUAAUAAAGCAUAGAGGUUCCGAAUCUUUAAAAAUUGUCGACGAUGCAUUAACGAACUUCAUCACUGAUGCUACAAAUGCCAUGUGCAAACUAACAGUAAGUGAAGCAGUUAUUAGUGAACUAGACACGAAUCUAAAAAUGAAAUUAUCGCAUUCCAUUGAUACGAUUGGACAAGCCAUUGACAGCUUUAAGAAAUCAGCUGAAAAUAGAGACUUGGAAUGUUUAACUGCGACAGCGCAGGAGGAAAUAGAUAAGGUGAGUAGAGAAUUAAAUGAUUUUGUGAAGUUCCGUGUAAGUAAGAUGUGGAGUGAAAUCUAUAACAUCUUUAAUAAGCAGAUUCGGGAACCUAUCAUUGGUGUUAAAGGUAACUUGAUGGAAGUUGAUACCGAUUUGUCUGCAUGGAUAGCGGCCGCUGCUAAGGUUGUCGACACGCUUAAGAGGAAAGCAGAAGAAGUUCAUAGAAGGCUAGAGGCGCAUGUCAAAAAAAUCACCGAGUAUGCUAAGGAAAUGGAGAACGGUGCAACGAAGGAAGUUGGAGACAUUCUUGCUAGUGCUGCCACGUUGUUGAACGAAACCAGGAAACAGAGUAUUGAGCUCGAUAAAAGGCGUGAAGAAGCGGAACGUCACCUGAAAGCUUUACAGGCGUCGUCGGAGACAGCCUUGCAUAAGGCCGAAGCAAAUGUUGGCAAUGUGAAGCAUCUGCAAUCGUGUAAAACGAUUCUAGAACAGAACGUUCGCAGUUUAAGAAGAGCGUGCGAUGAUAUGAACGAAUAUUAUCUUAAUGGUGUACGACAAGGUUUCGAGCCAACGGUCGCUAGUAUGGACCAUCAUCUCACACAGCUUCUAGAAGCACUUGGAGUGGACACCAAACAGGGUUUUGAAGGUUUGAUGGUGAAAUUGCAUAACGAUGUUAAGGGCCUGAUGAACUUACUCGAUAUUGCCAGAUCAGAGGCCGAAGAGGCUCUGCAGAAAAUCUCGCCCAAACCAAAAGCACCAAAACCGUUAAAGUCACCUGCAGAAUUCCUUCAAGAAAAUCUAGAAAAAUUACUAGGUAUAAAGCCAAAGGGCGAAAGCAUAGCCAAAGCCAUCAACGAUGAAUUAGUCACGAUUAAAAGAAGAGUUGCAGCAAUGGUAGACGACUUUACAGGGAUGUUUAGACCACUUGAUGAGGCGGCGAAUUCGGUCGAAGCCUCCUUUGCGGGAGUUAAGCGUCUCUCUGAAGAUCUUGCUAACGAUCACACCGGCAUUGCGCAAGAUGUACCAAAUUUGCGUCACCAAAUCACAGCACAACAGCUCAGAUUCAAACAUGUGGUUAACGCAAUUCAAAUUGCCGGGUUAACAGUUAAACUUGAUGGAUUAGGCAACGCUCUGGGCAAUGCCAAACAAAGUACUAUCCAAUACAUCCAAGACACGUCGCGCAGAUUUGGUGCAUUGACGGGCGAGCUCAACAGUCUCAGAAGAAAAUUGCAAGAAUCGAAAGGUAAUGAUAUAAUUUUUACGUUAUCGGAUCUUCUAAACUCCGGUAUAAAUGGGGCUGAAAAUACUUGGCCGGAUCAAACUGCGAAGGGAUUAAAAUAUAUUCAAAAGCGACUUAACGAAAUCAUAGGGACGGACAACGAGCUUAGCAACGACAACCCACCUACCACCGUGUUUGGCAUUAUUGCAGCAGCAAAUAAUUUCUACGCCCUGAUCGGCAAAGAGGUACAGAACACCAUAAGUGAGAUAUAUCACAAUGUGCAACAAAAAGUAGCGUCAGCUGCGACCAACAUUCACAAGAAGGCCACAUCUCUAUACGCCAAACGAAAGAACAUAGAACUUGAUGAUUUGAAAACAAUCGUUGACACGCAAAAACGUGCACUCGAUACGUUAAUUCGACAUGACAGAAACAAUGGCUUGAAAGGAUUAUUGACGAAACUGAACUCCGACGUGGAGAAUCUCGAGUCGGUGAAAAUAUCUGAGAUUUCGGAAACUUCGUCGCCGGAGACUUGUCUUUUAAAUUUUCAAACAUUAGUACAGAAAUUUAAAAAAUUUGUUAGUAUCAUCUUAUUCUAUAUUGGCGAUCAAGUGAGCACUCCCUCAUACUGCGGGCACGCAACUAAUGUCGAUGGUAUUAGAAAAAAAUUUGACAAUUUACUUACCCAUCUCCAUACUCAUAAUUCCACUCGUAAAUACAUUUUUGAUAAUUCUUUCACCAAAAAGCAUGAAUCCCUCUCCUCCUCCCUCACCUCUUUAUCCCCCUCCGCCUUCGCCAACCCCCGGCACCCGGAGCUGCUCGAUGCGGUUAGACAGGGGCUGCAGGGGUUUGUGCAGGAGAUGGGGAGGGUGUAUGUGAACAAAUACGAGGGGGGUGAUACAAUUAAAAGAUGGACACAUAGGGAAACUGGAGAUGUGGAAUUAACGGUUGAUGGCCGAAAUGGCGCAAAAAUAUUUUUGAGCAUACUCGAGAUACUUUUCCAUGAUUUGUCAAAACUGUUACAAGGAUGUGUUCCUCGUGGUGAUUCUCAUGGUAGAAAUAUACGCCUGAAUGACAUAAGUAACGACGGUAAUCAAACCAAAAACCCCCUUGGUAAAUGGCUGCACGAACGUGGAUACACGGUGUCAGACGAUGAGCAUACUCAGAACGGGGAGUUGGACAGGAGAAAGAAUGGUGCGGCCAUAGGUGCUUUAAUUGCAACCAUAAUUAGUAAAGCAAAUGAUGGGCAUCUUAAAACGUGCAAACCAGGUGGUAAAGCAAAAGACUUUAAUGUUUUAUACAUUCUCCGAUGCCUUACCAGUCACCUUGGCGCGUACUACAGCGUCUGUCACUAUCGGAUUCAUUUGAAGCCCAAAGCACCGCGUAAUAUCAAUGACAUGCUUCACUGGGUAUGCGGUUUAUGGCAUCACCCGAUGCUUACACCACUUAGGUAUUACGUCAUGGAAUUGUUCCCUAAGCCAAAGGGGAAGGAAAAGAUGACACAUAAAGAGAUUGGUUCCGACCAUCUGAUCUUAGAGGUACAUACCAAUGCGAAAAUUACAGCACGGGCACUUGACGCUAAACUGCAAACGGUUUGCGGUAACGCCCAUGAUAUCCUAGUUGCCAUCUUAGGUAACGGUAACGCCGAAGGCCGCUAUGCGUGCGAGUUUCGUAUCAACCCUGAUGGUCUGUCUUAUCCAGCAGAUCCCGCGCAAUGCUUAGACAUGUUGCUAGACAUACUCCGCCGAUUGUUCUUGCAGUUCAGGUAUUUAUCCAACCGCUGCAGUGUGGCUGCUGAACACUACGGUUGGCGUGAGUGUCACUACGGGAGAGAAAUCUCGACGACCAAAUCACACUGCGUCAACAGAUUGACGGACGAAGUAACGUGCCAACCAAACACUCAACCAACGUGCCAGGCUGCGUGCCAAGUUAACACCAAACCAAAUUGCCAACCAACUUCUCCCCUAAUGUCCUUGCUAAACGAUUGCUUACCGGGCCACCUACCGCAUAUAUUGGAAUCCGUUGGCUGCAAAGCUCAAUGUAGGACGUGCUCUCCCAGUACCAGUGGUAAGACAUGCCUUACGCCCUUCGGUUUCCGUGCCUUUACCGGAUCCACCAAAACGGGCGCGUACCUAUGUAACGUGCUCAAACCAUUCCUAAAUAAUGAUUAUGUCAAAUACCUGUGCGGCCUUCAGCCCAAACCCCCUAAGACGUUGCCAGAACAUUUCGGUUUUGCGUUGUCGCUGGUUAAGGGAUGGUCGAAUAUUUCUAAGUUCUCCGAAGACAAAAGAAAUAAAUACAGUUUCCAGUCGUCAUUUGAAUCACGCGUACGCGAUGUCUCCCUUAAGUUAUAUCCCGAUUCCUAUGAACUAACCAAAACAUUGAUGAAAGCGUAUGGAUCGACAGAAGUUUUGCAUGAAUAUUGCAAGCAUCCUCAUCUUGUCAAUUUCACUAGCUCAGAUAUAUGUCGUUACGAUGUUGCAGAUGUAGCCUGCGCUCCCUAUCUACAAUCGCUAUGCGCAGAUUCAUAUGAAUACAUGGCCAUCAACAACUGCAGCCUGUACCUAUCGUGGGCCAUAUACCUUUCAUGGGAUUUCUGGCAAUUGCUGAACAAUUUGUACAACGACUUCUGCAACAUAUUCUGUGCCGAUUGGGGUUGCCGCGGCUGCUUGAGAGGCGAUACGUGCAAGAAAGGAUCGCAUGGUCUUACUGACGAAAAAAGCGGGAACCCACGUUGCCAGUGUUCAUCAAUAGUGGAUUGUAAAGGCGUGUCACCGACGCUGUACCGAUAUGGAUUCAGUUUCUGUGACGCUGUCAAAUUGAAUGAUGAUAAAUAUAAAAAGAAGUGUGCCGAUUUCUGCACUCAAUUAAAUAAAUUGCUAAAUUCCAAAUAUUUCACCGACCUAUUCGACACGUGCGACAAAUUCAUUUUUACAAUCCGCGCCCCCUUCAUCUGGCUCAAUGUAGCACUCUGGCUCCUCUCUUUGUUGUACCUCCUCCAAAUCAUGGUCAUCCGCCUCGACCUGCUCCACAUCAAAUCGCAUUUACAUAGCCCCUCAUCGCAUCGUAUCGCUGCUCAAUCACUACUCGCCGCGGCACGUGUUAACAAGCUUAACAGGGUGUUUUAUCUGCAACCUUAA